AUGAAAAGUAUAGCAGAAAUUAAAGGGUGUCAAAGUGAACAUUUUAAGAACAAGUAUAACAGCACAAAGAAGAAUAAAAAACGAGUUGGUGAUUUUCGUAACUUCUGCAAUUAUAGGAGGGUUAAAAAGAAAGUUAAUCGCAAAAGUGACAGAGGGAAUCAACAUUGGGAUGCAAAGGCCAUAAAAAAUAGAGCGAUUUUUUUACACACAAAAUUUUCAAAAUCUUUAAAUAAAAUGGAGACAAAUAAAGGGGAAGAAAAAAAAAAUUUUUUGAAAAAUUGGAACAUGAAUUAUUUAUCCAACAAUUUUAGCGCUUUUAUGAAGGGUGCGGAGAGCGUCGCUGGGGACAGGGGCCACAACGAUAAAAGCAGUCUUAAUGCGCGCAGCGCGCACAGCGGAAACCGUUGCUUUCUGAACCAAAAGGUGGACCCGCAAAGGGGUGGCGACGCUCAUAAUGACGGUGUCAGCCACAGAGAAGGGUCUAACGAAAUGUACAGUCAAGGGAAUCGCCCCAAGGUCUACGCUCCCCAGCAGAAUGGCCCUAACCUCCCACACACAACGUGCAAACAGGUACAGGGCAAUUCCCCAAAUGUAAACAAUUCCCAUCCUUAUGAAUAUGUCCAGUCAUCAACAAAGGAAAAUAACCACUAUGGUGAUAUCAGAGGGGUAUGGGAGAAGAUAAAGAGCAGGAGUGGUCUAUCCAAUUUUGUAGAAAGUGUUAUUCAGGAUGGCGUCAACGCAGUUAGUGAGACAAUUGGUGCUUUCAGCGAUGGUGGUUAUGUGAAGGACCCCAACAGAAACGACAGCCGGGGUAACCACAUCGGGAGCAUACAUUAUAACAGGGUCGAGUACGACCCUCCUUACGGAGAUCAAUCCGAUGAGAAGGAAACAUACCACAUAGCAUCAAGCAACAAUAGAACGACCGGUAAUAGUAGUAGUCAAAAUAACGGCAAUGGGAAUAGCCAACAUAGUGGAAAGGGUGGAAAUAACACCCAAAAUAAUUACUACAGUACGAGCACAGGAGGGGGCACGAACAGUAAUAAUUAUAACAGUAGCGGAAAUAGCGGAUAUAAUAACAGUGCGAGUGGGUAUGUAAAUAGGAGAACCCCCAAUGGAGGAGGAGGCAACGACAACAAUGAUGAUGGAGAUGGCGAUGAUGAUGGUAAUAAUGGGCACUACGGCGGAAAUGGCAGGUGCGACAAUAACGGGGAUAGUAACGAUGAGGAUGAUGAUAAUGAAGAUGACAAUGCAGAUGGAGAUAGCGAUAUACAUGGGGAGCGAAGCAACGAUCGGAGUGGACAUCAAAACGAGCGAGUCCACGACCCAGGUGAUCCAAAUGGGAAGAUGUACUACUCCAUAAAUAAUGGCUCGUCUGCAUCAGGAGCGUCGUCAUACAUUAAUGCAGAUUCCCAGGCGUCGAAUAACGGUGCGAUGAAACAUCAGUACCAAAAGAAGCGCAAAAGUGGACGAACCAAUUGCCCUGCUACGAACGAUAACAACAAUGAACAAAGUAAUCACAGUGCAAGUAGUGCUAACUUCAUAGGGGGAGGGAUCAGGAGCAAUGGAUAUGGUGACUACAAUAACGGCGGUGUAGAGUAUGGAGAUGUGGAGAGAAGGACUAGUCUUAAUUUAAGAAGAGGAAUUAACGAUGGUAAUAUUGAAUAUUAUAAUUCGUACCCCACGGAGGGUAGUUAUGACAGAUCCGCCACGGAAGCACCCAGUCAUAGUCGUGGGAAUUAUGAUUGCAGUGGUGGUCAUUAUGGUGAAAACUACGGAGAAAGUGUCCCGGGGGGGAAAUACAUUAGCAGUCGUGGGGACGAUACGCAUGGGGGCAGCGCAGUCGGAAGGAGCAAUGGCGCCGACAGCGAGAGCACGUAUAAUCAUGAGAGCAACUUAGACCCCACCAACAAUUCCACGAUGAGUAAAAAUAUUGGGAAUAAAAGAAACUACGCAACCAAUGUAAAUUAUAAGGACAUGGGGCUCAACCCUAGUUACUGCAAACAAGGGGAUGGCAACAGCAAGCAAAUAAGGAAAGGCCGGGAUAGCGGCGACAGUGGAGACAGUAACCAUAGCAACCAUAGCGGGGACUGUGGUGGUUGUGGCGACAAUGUUGAUCGGGGAGAUGGCAAUGACGCAGAGGAUCAAUCUCAGAAGAGACACGUGCACGCCACAAAUUCGGAUAUGCUGAACCUGGAGGACAGGAAGAGAGAAGCGGAGAAGUACAAAGUGCUUGGGAAUCAAAGCUACAAACUGGGCUAUUUUGAAUCUGCCAUCGACUACUAUACGAAGGCAAUUUCAUACGACAACACUAAUCAUGUGUAUUACACGAAUAGAGCCCUCUGUUAUAAGAAGCAGAAAUUGUGGAAGCUAGCGAACAGUGACGCAAGGCAGGCCUUAAAUUUGGAGGAAGAAUCUGUAAAGGCUCAUUUCAUUCUUGGAUUGACCCUUCUACAUCUGAACAGCUUAGAAGAGGGCUUAAAAAAGCUAACGAAAGCUAAGACCCUUUCUAGUUAUUUAAAAGACUCAAACGAAAGCGAAAUAAACAGAUACAUAUUACAAGCAAAAAAGUUAAUUUAUCUUCGGGAUGAACAGAACAAACAAUUGACUUACACAGAGUUGCAGUCAUUCCUCAUUGAUAAAAUAAGCCUACUCAACCAAAUUGGCUACAUAUCGAAUGAGGAGAAAUCUUUACGAACCCAACAGACAGAAAAUCUUUUUAAGGAAAUUUUAAAUUCCUUUCAAAAGAAGCAGAUACCAGAUUAUUUGUGUUGUAAAAUAUCAAUGUGCUUAAUGAAUGAACCGGUUAUCACUCCUAGUGGUAUGACUUACGAUAAAAUAUUUUUGUAUGAGCACGUUAAGCAUAAUGGGUCGUUUGACCCGGUUAGUCGAGAACAGUUCUCCAUGCGAGAGGUUAUUCCCAAUUAUGCCAUCAAAGAGGCGACGGAUAAUUUUUUGAAGUGCAACCCGUGGGCCUUCGAGGAGUAG